GUUUCCAGUGUGAUCAGACAUAUUGUCUUUCCAUAUAAGACCACUGGUUUUACAUUUUGUUAUCAGGAUCGCUCUCCACAAACUUGACCACUUUAGUCACUUGAGUCAAAGUUUGUCUUUAUAACUUUAUUUUCUCGAAUUGUUUGGAGUCCUUUUCAUUUUCAUUCACAGAGUGAAGAGACAGUAAAGAUAUUGUCAACAUGAUUGUGUCAUCAGGAGUUUGAAGAACAAGAACAAACAAAAAAUCGAAGAUUGAAGAUGGAGGGCCACUUACUAAAAUACACUAACGUCAUGAAAGGCUGGCAGACCCGUUGGUUCCUCAUGGACCCUGAAUCAGGCAUGCUGGAGUAUUUUGAGAAAGAGGAACACAAAAAGCAAAGGCCGAGGGGUUCAGUCCACUUAGCGGCUGCUGUUGUCAGUCCUUCUGAUGAAGACUCACAGACCUUUACUGUAACAGCUGCAAAUGGAGAGACCUUUAAGUUAAGAGCCAAUGAUGCCAAAGAACGCCAGCACUGGGUAGAUCGGCUGCGUUCAACAGCAGAGUAUCACACAGCUAACAUUGCACAGCAAUACUCAGGCUUAUAUCAGCGCAAAGAUGCUGCAGGUUCAUACAUAACAAAGGAUGGAACUCUGUUCAGGCGAACUGACCCAUCUGGUGGCCGCAGGUCCCACUACAGCAGUCAGGAGAGUGUGCACAGCACCCCAGGAAAGAUGUCUUGGUCCAUGAGGUCAAGGACUCCACCACUGGCCCGCUGGCCAGUCAUUGGGAAGUUGAGCAGGAAGCAGAUACCAGCCCACACACAUGCAUUGCCUCUUCCCUUUACAGACGUGCAAGGAUUUCUGGUGGAGGCCCAAGACUUUUCCCAGAGUCUUUCAGACAAAAUAGCAACGCUGCCCUACCAUGGUGAGGACUGCUUCAUGACUGGACUGGACAAGGACCUACUCAUGCUAAAGGCCACAUCUGGUGCAGCACUGCGCUGUGUAGAAGAAUGUCUCCUUUUGCUGCAGAAUGGGCAGGUUUUGUGCAGUUCAAUGCCACAAAGUACAUCUGUGUCUGGACAGCUUUCCACUAAGAAAUCUAUUCCAUGCAGUACCUCCCUCCCAGCAGACCUCUCACAGCACAGUUCCAACACUGUGACAUCAUCACCUGUUGACAGUUAUGGGUCAACCAGGUCUGUACUUCAGACAUUGCAGGACUGUAAUUUUGAAGGCACAAUAACCAUUAAUCGAGAUGAAGAAGAGGAGGACAGUGAUGUUUACAGUGAUUCAGAGCUGGGAGCAGUGGAAGAACAUAAGAGUAUUAUCCUCCAUCUGCUUUCACAGUUGAAAUUGGGAAUGGACCUCACCAAGGUUGUUCUUCCAACAUUCAUUCUGGAGCGGCGAUCACUGCUGGAGAUGUUUGCUGACUGCAUGGCACAUCCACACAUUUUUCUUCAAAUUCCUGAUGUUGGGAGUCCAGAAGAAAGGAUGCUUCUGGUGCUCGAAUGGUAUCUCACUUCCUUCCAUGCUGGUCGUCAGGGAUCUGUAGCAAAAAAGCCAUACAACCCAAUAAAAGGGGAGACUUUCCACUGCUCCUGGCGCCUGCCGCAAUCAAGUGAGGAAGUCAAGGACAUUACAAGCUGUCAGUCAAAGCAAGGCAUCCAGCUGACAUAUUGUGCUGAGCAAGUGUCUCACCACCCUCCAGUGUCUGCGUUCUACUUUGAGUGUCCAGAAAAGAAGAUAUGCAUGAAUGCCUCAAUAUGGACAAAGUCUCGGUUCAUGGGAAUGUCCAUUGGUGUGGUUAUGGUUGGCAAAGUGAGUCUGCGACUGCUGCAGUAUGAUGAGGAAUAUGUAUUUGGACUGCCCAGCGCUUACGCACGCUCCAUCCUUACUGUACCUUGGGUAGAGCUUGGGGAUAAGGUUUCUCUUGUGUGUGAGAAGACCAACCUUACAGCAUCCAUUAUCUUCCAUACCAGACCCUUCUAUGGAGGUAAGCUUCACAGAGUGUCUGCUGAAGUUAAAAACACCACUGGAGCACAGCUGUGUAAAGUUUCUGGGGAAUGGAAUGGAAUAUACGAGUUUGUUUACUCUGAUGGAAGGACACGCACUGUGGACACCCAGAAACUAAAGAUUUGGCGCAAGUGUGUUCGGCCAGUUGAGAAGCAGGGGGAGUUUGAGUCUCGGCGUUUAUGGCAGCAUGUCACCAAUGCUUUGAAUGCAGGGGAUGUCAACACUGCUACUGAGCAUAAACAUUUGUUGGAAGAACGACAGAGGGAAGGAGAGAGGCAUCGUAAAGACUCUGGCACAGUUUUUCCAACAAAGCUUUUUCAUUUGGAAGGAGACACUUGGGUGUAUAACAAAAUGCUGAAGCUGACAGACUGUCCGGAAGACACCAUAGGAUGAUCCUCCUGAUUCAGCACACCCCUUUGUGAUCCGCAUGAUGGCUUGACAGCCGUGUCAGUGAUGCAAUAUUAUAGGCUAGAAUUUUUGUGUGGACAGCAGGGGUGCUGCUGCCUAUGUGUCUUGUGUUCAGAGCGACCUGCAGGCAUGGAUCAACGAGCUUAGCAUGGCUGGUUCCAUGAGAAAUAAAGUAACUGCAAACCGGUAUUGAAAUACUGUGGUAUAUAGUGAUGGUAACAGGGUGAAGCCUUAGUUGUCACAAAAUAACUGUGAUUGUUGGAAACAGAUUCAAUCUCUGUUCCAUUUAUCACCAUGUUUCAUGUUCACUUGCAUACUCAGGAAAGUGUGCUACCGCAGUGCAGCUGAAACAGGAAACUGUUCUGAUUAUAUCAUAUCGCUAGACGUUUUUGUCUAGCUUUUUCUUUCUGAAGAACACAGUGAAGGUGGCAAGAAGAAGCAGCUGUAAAAGUGACAAGUGGCUCAUACGUGUUGGUGCAUCAUGACUCAGCUUCUCAUUUAUCCUGUAUGGUCAAUGCUUGAGUGGUAAAUAAGAUGGUAUUUAACCCUUUUCAAUAUUAUUUUGUACAAGUGUGAAGGGUAUUUGCAUUUACACAUAGGCACUAUGGAGCAAGUAUCCUGUGCACAAACUGUUGCUGGUUGAGUGAUGAAGUGUAUUAAGUAUGGAUGCGUUUUAGCAUGCCUGCAAACUGUACUGCAAAUAGAUCGUGUCAUUCCAUCAUAUUUCUAACAUUUUUAUUUGAAUAUUUUGUCCGUUCUUGACUGCUAACAUAUCAUUGUCUUUUGAUUCAUGUGGCUUUCAGGCUUUCAGAGGAAGGAACUGGGGUUAAAGAGAUGGGCCACUAAACUGCACUCUACUGGUCCCCUUGAGUGGCUGUGAUAGAUUUAUUAUUUAAAUCAAGACUAGCCUUGAAUUCUUUUGUCAUCAAUAACAUGCUCUAUGUGGUGACAGAGAUGCCUACAAAUACUGUACAGUAAUUUUCUAGUAAGAUAAUUCCAAAAAUGCGCAUUAAAACAAGUCUGGGCAAGUCA